GGUUCUUGAAGAGCUGCACAAAACACAAUGGGUAUCUGCGGAGAUUGUAAAGCCCAGCCUAAGAUAGAAGCCAAGCAACUGGGAGGAAAUAGAGCUACACUAUUUGUCUAUGCAACGGAGGGUCUGGAGAACAUGGCUUUUAUCGCAAACGCGAUAAGCUUGGUGACAUACUUCUAUGGCUACAUGAACUUCAGCUUAACAAAGUCGUCCACAACACUCACCAACUUCAUGGGAACUGCAUUUUUGUUGACUCUUGUUGGGGGGUUCAUCUCUGACACAUAUUUGUCAAGAUUUAAGACCUGUGUCAUCUUCGCCUCCAUUGAACUGAUAGGAUAUGUCCUUUUGACGGUACAAGCACACCUUCCGGACUUAAGACCCUUUCCAUGCAAAAAUGUUUCACCGGACCAGAGGAACCAACUAUGCGAGAACGCAUCCACAGGUCAAUUGGCUAUUCUCUAUGGAGGAAUUUAUCUGAUUGCGCUGGGUACUAGCGGAGUCAAGGCAGCUUUGCCGGCCUUAGGAGCCGACCAGUUCGACGAGAAGGACCCCAAGGAAGCAAGCCAACUCUCCAGCUUCUUCAACUGGUUCAUGUUUAGCCUCACAAUUGGAGCUAUGUUUGGUGUCACUUUUGUGGUGUGGAUUAGCACCAACAAGGGCUGGGACUGGGCCUUUGGUGUCUGCACUAUAGCAGUCUUGUUUGCCGCGGUCUUUGUUUGCAUGGGCAAGUCCUUGUACCGGCAUAACAUCCCCAAAGGAAGCCCGCUUCUUCGUUUCUUACAGGUUUUCGUGGCUGCCUAUCGGAACCGAAAACUUGCCAUACCGGAUAACGCAGGGGAGUUGCAUGAGAUUCAGAGCGACAAAGAAGCAGCUUUACAUAACGAAAUUAUUCAAAGAACAGAGCAAUUCAGAUUCUUGGACCGGGCAGCAGUGGCAAUAAGAAGCGACGAUGCAUCAUCAACAAUACCCCAAGGACCAUGGAGACUCUGCACAGUCACACAAGUUGAAGAAACAAAGAUCCUAAUUCGCAUGCUUCCCAUAAUUUUCAGCACUGUCUUCAUGAACACGUGUAUGGCUCAACUCCAGACAUUCUCCAUCCAACAAAGCACCACCAUGGACACCGAUCUCUUCGGCUUCAAAAUCCCCAGCGCUUCGAUCCCCAUCAUCCCUCUGCUGUUCAUGUUCAUCCUCAUCCCGAUCUACGACAAGAUUUUAGUGCCAAUCGCCCGAAAAAUCACAGGAAUUCCCACCGGCAUUCGCCACCUGCAGCGCAUAGCCGUGGGGCUGGUCCUCUCGGCCGUCUCCAUGGCAGUAGCCGGAGUCGUCGAGACCUGGCGCAAGUCUGUGGCUUUCCAGCACAACAUGGUCGACAGCACUGAGCCUCUGCCGAUUAGUGUCUUCUGGCUGGGAUUGCAGUACGCUAUUUUCGGAGCCGCGGACAUGUUUUCUGUUGUUGGGCUUCUUGAGUUCUUCUAUGAAGAGAGCUCAGAUGGUAUGAAGUCUCUCAGCACAGCCAUCUCAUGGUGCUCAAUUGCUUUUGGGUACUUCUUGAGCUCAGUGGUUGUGGAGGUGGUUAACAAAGUGAGUGGUGGAUGGUUGGCCAGCAAUAACCUCAACAGAGACAAGUUGAACUACUUCUAUUGGCUGUUGUCUGUGCUGAGUGUGCUGAAUCUUGGGAUCUAUGUCAUGUGUGCAUCUUGGUACAAGUACAAGAAGGUGGAAGUUAAGGAAGAUGAUCUUUCCAAGGACACCAAAGCAUGAAAUAAAAAUUUGGCCGUGGGAUUCAUUAGGGAUUGCCAGGUUUAAAGGUUAUAUAUUUUCCUAGUGCUGAUGUAGUUAUGUUGUAUGGUACUGUUUGCAUGUUCACUUAAAUGAAUUAAGUAUUGUCGUUGAUACUCGUG